AUGAGAUUAAUGAAACUACUGCUGGUGCUGUUGCUCUGUGUUGCUUCUGUCAAAGCGAAAGGGAAUAGAGCAAAGGAGUUCCUUGAGCACUACAAUUGUGGUGCCGAGAAACAGUUGAAUGCCAUGGCUGUGAACAUUUGGGACAGGAAACUAAAGUUUGAAAUAUUUUUGGACAGUUAUAAAUUCAAGAAGAAAAUGCGCCAAGGUGCCCUCCAAUUCAGCCCCUCUACCAUGAACAGCGACUCUUGGCGUCAGCUGUCUAAAAUCAAGAACAUCUGUACUGCAGCCCAGCCAAGCCUGAAUAAGGUUAUAGAG